CGUCGUCGUCGUCGUCGUCGUGCAUCUAAAUCCUAACCCCUCUCCCUCUCUAUCUCUCUACCCCCCUGGUCAGUCGCUUCUCCUCUUUCUCCCUCUACGAACCCUAACUCCUCCAUCGUCUCUCUCCCCUACGAGAUCGCCAUGCCCGAUGUUCAAGCCCUCGUCAACGACUUCGUCCUCAAACUCAAGCGGAGGAAGAUCGAAGGAUCGCAUGCGACCGCGAAGCAAACGGCGGAGAUCCUCCGGUCGGUUGUUUCGCAGCAUCGGAUGCCGUACACCAACCAGGCGGCGUCUCUGAUCGAUGCCGUGAGGGCCGUUGGCGAGCAGAUGAUCGCCGCGAACCCCGUAGAGCUUGCUGUUGGGAACAUUGUGAGACGUGUUCUGCAUAUAAUCAGGGAGGAAGAUCUUUCUUCGACUACAACGGCAAUCGAAGGCCUUGGCUUAUCCGACGAUGAUGUUGAUGGUGAUGAAAAUGAAGAUCACCCUGCUUUGUCUGCUGCUGUCCUUGCUGCGGCUGCCAGAAGUACUCUUAGGGCUCCCUCAUUGCAAACCCUUCUUGAAGACAUACCUGUUUCUGCUGCUGCUCCACCUAAUUCUUCCUCAGGCGGUGAUUCUGAGGGAAGAAGCAAAUCAGCAGAGAAGAGUUCAAGAAGCCGGAAGCUAAAGCAUGAUGUCAUUGAGGCUAUGAAUGAACUGAUACAAGACAUUGACACUUGCCAUGAACAGAUUUCUGAACAAGCAGUAGAGCAUAUUCACCAAAACGAGGUCAUUUUAACUUUGGGCCGUUCAAGAACAGUAAAGGAAUUUCUCUAUGCGGCAAAGGAGAAAAAACGAAGCUUUCGUGUAUUUGUUGCAGAGGGUGCUCCGAGGUAUCAGGGGCAUGUUCUUGCAAAAGAGCUGGUGGCAAAAGGUUUACAAACCACUGUUAUAACGGAUUCUGCAGUUUUUGCAAUGAUUUCUCGAGUUAACAUGGUGAUAGUAGGAGCUCAUGCUAUCAUGGCAAAUGGUGGAGUGGUUGCACCUGUAGGCAUCAAUAUGGUUGCACUUGCUGCUCAAAAGCAUGCUGUUCCAUUUGUUGUGGUUGCUGGGAGUCAUAAGUUGUGUCCCUUGUAUCCACACAACCCAGAAGUUCUUUUGAACGAGCUCAAAUCCCCUUCCGAUUUGCUCGACUUUGGGGAGUUCUCAGACUGUAUGGAUUUUGGCAUUCAAGGUGGUUCUCCUCUUCUUCAUGUAGUCAACCCCACAUUUGACUAUAUUCCUCCAAAGCUUGUCAGCCUUUUCAUCACUGAUACAGGAGGGCAUAAUCCAUCAUACAUAUACCGGCUGAUAGCAGACUACUAUUCGGCAGAUGAUUUGGUAGUGCAAGGAAAAUCAACAUCUUGAGAUGGAUUGAGACACUCUUAGUACUUGGCGACUCUUAUAUUAUAGUUUGCUAUCCAAUUGUAGUUGCUUCUCACAUUUUGCUCUCAACCUCUGAUACGUUGCAGCAUUCUGAUUAGUUGAGAAUCACUUUCGCUUCUAGGAGAAUCUUGCAAUGAGUAUCAAUCACUGAAUCCAUGAAGAAUACAAAAUCUAGUACACCAUAAACCAGGUAGUAAACUCCCAAGCGAAAAGCAAGAUUGCCAGUUGAUUGUCGAGGGCUUUAAGCGGAUCAACAAGCUUGAGUUUAUAUGUUUCAAAAAUUCCAGGAAGGUGAGUUCAUGUGUAAAGAUGUGAACAUUUUGGGGAUGCUUCCACUUCUACUUAUGUUGUGAUUGGUCUGUAAACAUAUAGGGUAAUUUUGUUUGAACUGAUCCGUGGAUUGAGAGGUUGAUUUGACCAAGUUGUUCAUCUAAUCUUUCAGGGAACAACUCCCUUAAUUGUUUUGCCCAAUAACUUCUUGAUACUGAAUCAGUUAAUUAAUUGGUUAUCGAGAUUUCAGUGUUACCCAGAUA